AUGGCACCCCCCAAAGAAGAAGAAUCCCACGAGGGCGCCUCAACAGCCGAACUCCUCAUCGCCUCCUGCCGCUCCAACAACCCCACCCUCCUCGUGUCCGUCGCCUCCCAAGACGACGAAGACGCCGCCGCCGCCCUCCUAAACAACACGACAACCGUAAUGGGCAACCACCUCUACCACGAGGCCGCCUCCCGGGGCCACUACGAAAUAAUCGACACCCUCCUCGACCAGCCCAGCUUCGAGUGCGACCCCGUCAACCGCCUCGAGGGUGACACCCCCCUGCACACGGCUAUCCGCUGGAUCAACUCGGAGCCCCCCGAGCAGCGCGAGUUCGGCAACGCCCUGGUCGAGAUGAUGCUCGAAGCCGGGUCGAACCCGAGGAUCAAGAACAAGGGCGGGCUGACAGCGCUGCAGCUGGUAGAUCCAAGAAAUGAAGGACUCAGAGAGCUGAUCAGAAAGCACGAGUACGCCAGCCUGAACCAGGGUGACUUUGUCGACGUCGGGGAUGUCAAGGGGGGUGGUAAGCUGGUGCAGCAGCAGCAGCAGCAGGGGGAGGAGGAGAGCGAUGAUGACGCGGAAUUCAGUGGGAGUGACGACGAGGAGAGGGCUGAGUGGGAGAGGAGGAGGAAGGAGAAGAGAAAGUAA